CGAAGGCUGGUCACGUGACUAGCACUGGGUAAAAACCCUAGCCCAAAGCCCUGAUGUAGCCCUAGCACAAGUCUCACCCUAAGCCAAAUCUCAACCCUAGGUCUAAAACAACAGUCCUAACCCUAAUCAUGUGUUAACCCCAACCGCAGUUUUAACAAAUAGUGCGAAAAAUCACUGGUCACGUGACCAGKAAUUAAACCUSUUGAAAUGUUUAUAUAAUGUCAUUUUAACAAAUCUGCUACAAGCAUCAUCCCUUUCAGCAUUUUAKACACACCCAUGAACUUGACUUAAAAUASAACUAACUUAUCACGACUCGCUGCCAUUGCUAUUGUAAGGGGGACUUGGAACACGAUAGAUCAUCAACAAUUAGCUAACUUAGUAACACUGACGUUAUGUGAUGUUUUUGUUCACCAGGUUCUCAUACUAACCAGUUUUCUUUUGUUAGUUCGGUUUUAGUCAGGGGGGAGCUGCUCUUCUUUUCCUUUGCACCUCUGGGGCAUAUACAAUAGGUGCUCCGCUUGCUGGUUUUUUCCUGAACAAAAAGCCAUGGGGAAGAAUAUCGAUCGUCGCUGGAUCACUUGGCGCUGCAUGUGGUAUAUUAUUCAUGGGACCUGCACCAUUUUUUGCUCAAGUCCUUCCUGAAAAAGCUGUGUGGUUGCUGGUUGUUUCUCUUUUUGGUCGUGGACUUUUCAAUGCUUGGUUCUUUGUUUCUAUUCUUCCUGAAAUGUUUAACUGCUGUCAAGAAGCGGGCUUGCAUCAUAGUUUGCAGCUAGACUCCAUGGUUUCUUGUUUAUAUACUGGCUUCAUCAAUUUAGGAUCAUUUGUCGGUCCCUUUGCUGGUGGUUUUAUGAACAAUUACCUCGGAUUUCCUUGGAGUACAGCUAUCGUCUCUAUUUUUCUGGCAGCAAAGGCUCUGGUCGCUGCAAUUUUUUUUGCUUAUAACAGACGUACCAGUCAUACUUCAUACGAGAAAAUAGAGGAUAAAUGAGGUAUAAAGCUUUCUAGUAUGGAAGAUUCCAGAAAUCGCCAGACACGGAGGCAGAAAAGAUGGGGACAAUUUUAUUUCAAUUCUACAAGAAUAAAUCCAAUACAUACGUUGUAGAGUGGACGUACUAAAACAUUGUUUAUUAUUAAUAGUGUGGUUUAACCAUGAAAUACACUUUAACAGCGUUCUACACAUUAUUAUUCUUUAUUUUGGACGUUUUUCUUCGCCUUUUAGGUGCAUCACACAAUAUUACACUGUUAAACUUUGUUUCAAGGGUUUAUGACGCCCACUCUUAAAGUGUUCAAUAGACAAUGUGAAAAAAGCUAUAAAUAAGCAUAAAUUAUAAUCUAUUUUGUACUAUGUUUGCUUCGCGGAGUGCGCUCAUUCUACUAAAGGUGCAAGUAAUAAUUUAUAAUUGCUACUGGUAAUAUAUAUGAAUGAAGAUCAAUGUCUCCCUUGUCAUUCAAUC